GGUUAUAUGCAGCAUUACUCACAACCUCGUGUGGUUUACGGUUCACCAAGACCGACGGAGAUAGGACAGAAGCAGAAGUCUUGGUGAGACGUCCCGAAGGAUUGGAUUAACUCUGUAGCGAUUGUAAACGGUGUAGAUCAUUGGACUCCUUCUCCUUUCAUUGGAUACCCCCACAAACCUGGUCUCCCUAUCCCCACAAGAACCCCGGUUUCUGCGAUCUAUUUAAUUAGGCAGAGCCCUCCCAGGCCAGCCUCGACUAGUGCCAUCGUGUGGUUACACUUGAGUGGGAAGAGUGGGAAGAGUGGGAAUGUAUUUGCGUCUUGCUUACGGUUCUCGGUCUUGUCGGUCUGUCCACCUUAUGAUUGGGCGUGUAGGUUAAACCUUUCCAUCACUUAGCUCUCAAACGAUAUUCGGCAUUCGAAGACCAGCUCAUUAUUAGGAAUUACCUAAUCCCGUCUCAGCUGGCGGUUGUGUUAGGUGUGAGACGAGGCUUUGACUAAUGAGAAAUGAGGAAGGGGUAUGACUAUUGCCACCAAUGACCGAGGCUCUGCGUCCUCUGCGUCCUCUGCAGGUUUCUAGAGACCUUCAUGAACCGCAGAGCCCGCAGGCCGGGUCCGGGCCAAUAUCUACGCCUGUAUCUAUACCGGACUCGUUGAAAAAGCGCGCAAUCUGUUCUCAAUGUAGGAUAAGAAAGGUGCGUUGCGACGGCCGACCAAAUAUCUGCCAAAACUGUGAUCGGUUGGGGUUUGAGUGCUCCUUUCAGCAGUCACCUGGUAAAUCGCCCGGAAAAUACGUUGUGAAGCUGCCCGAGAGGCGUCGCCGCAUGCAGGCUUGCAUCCAGUGUCAUUCUAAAAAGACCCGCUGUCUCGGAGAGUUGCCGAGUUGUUCGAGCUGCGUCAGAAGGAAUCGGACGUGCGUUUAUCCCAGGACUAAGAAGCACGGAACUAUCGCCCGCGGAAAUGAUCUGGCUGGGGUCUCCGAGGCCGACGGCCAAGUUGCGGAACAACGCUCCGGCGGUACCUCCCCGACUCAGGGAAUCAUGAUGAUUGGCCCAGCACAGGGGCUUACCCUCGAUCACGACGUGACCUUGGCUCUGAUGGAGGACUACUUCAAGCACCUGUAUCCCCUCCCAUCGUUUUCGUUUCUUCACAAGCCGACAUCUCUUCAGAGAUGUAGGGACCAGACGAUGAACGGGACUCUGAAGCUGGCUAUCUGCGCCAUCACGGCGCUGCAACUCCACCGCACUGCAUUAUGCCACGAUCUAUGGGCUCAACAGGCUGAGCAGUUGAUACUACAGCAGAUGGGACGGGCAUCUAUCUUCAACUUGCAAGCAUUACUUCUUAUCAUCCGUUACAGGAUCGAGAGCGGCGAAUUUCCAACGGCGUUUAUGUUGGCUGCGUUGGCCGCUCGAACGGCCUUAGCCCUCCGCUUGAAUUACGAGCGCCCGGAGCUCCCUGAUGUCGCGCAAGAAGCACGUAGGCGACUGUUCUGGGCUCUCUACUUGCUCGAUGACUUCUUCUGUGUGGGACUGAGAGAGUUCGAACUAUACCCGGAAGAGACCAUCGCCAUAUUUCUUCCUUGCGAUGAGGAUAACUUUGAAGCGGGCCGGCACGUACGUACUGGCGUGCUGCGACCCGGUCCUGAGUCACGCGGGAAUGCCACCGUCAUCGGCUUACGAGGCGUAUCUCUGCGACUAACGUCUGUGCGGCGGGCUGUUAUGAGAUUUAACCGCAGGGUCGGGUUAGGUGAUGAAUUAUCUUCGACUAUUGGGGAAAGUAUCUGGCGAUUCGAAGAGGAGCUGAGAUUUCUCGGGGCAGCACUUAGACCCAACGAACAGUACUCGGCGGUGAACCUAACAUCGUCUGAGUGGCAGGCGCAGUUCAUAAUGCUGCACAUGUCAUGGCACCAGUGCCAUUGUGACAUGUAUCGCCUAGGACUCGACGGUUAUAGUGAGGCAGCUCCCUCACCCGUCCUUCUCGCCCUCCACCCCCGAGACAGAGCUGGGAUGCAACUAAAGUGUCUCGAACAUGCUAGAAGUAUUAUUGGGAUCGUUUCCGACUUCUUGAACCACGGGGACGGCGAAUUGCUCCUUGAGCGCGACGCCGCCGUCUGCGCCUUCGAGAGUGCUCGUCUGCUCAUGUUUGGUUCUCGAGCGGCUUCUAAUUUGGAUGUAGCUAUAGGCAAGGCCAAACUAUCACUGAAACUGAUCACGAGGUUUUUUCCGUAUUCUGCCUCGACGCAGCCAUUACGAAAGGACUUGGAACGGUUGAUAGCGAGCUACUCGGUCCGUCUCGCCUUACAGACCCAGAAAGCAUUCUCGGAGCCAGAACCACCAUCGGCUCGACCCUCUACGAAGGUCUCGCAGUACGCAACCUCGCGCCAGCGACUAUCAGUCCAGAGCCUGCUGCUGCAGUCGGACUUCGUUGACGAUAGCAACGAGAUCGCUGGUCCUACUCAAACAACCGAGACUCCGACGCUCCCCAGCAGCAUGCAGACUUCCUUCCCAGUUGGGGUAGGUGACGAGGUGUUAGCUGGGGCUGCUACUCCUAGAGAUCAUUCGUGGGGGACGACAGGCCCGGGAAACAGCCAAGUUUCACCAGCCGGGCAGUCUCUGGAUGCCGGGCAGGAGGGCGCAGGGCUCAUAUUUAAUCCUUGGAUGGGAUUUACUGGACCGGAAGAUAUGUACGGUGUGUCUAGCCGACCCCCAGGACCGGACGACGAGUUCUGAAUACAGAUGGCAGAUAGAGGGCCUGGCCUGUAUUAAAAUAUCAAGAUGCAAUAGAUUUAAUAUGUAUCUAGCUAUGCAGAUAGCGGCUGGCGCGUCGUUCGACAAAGCAAUGGGGUAU